CUGAUGCAAUAGUUGGUGAGGAUAACACACACAGACAGCAGGCCAGAGUGGCAGCAGCAGCUAACCUUACAUCACAGGAGCAAACACAAGCCGCAUCUUCUCUUCACGUCUCUCUCUCUCAGGGUUGUUUUGUGCUGCUUCUUCGUCUACACCGGUAUCAUCAUGACUGCCAUCAGAAAUCUAAGCAGAGUAGCCAGACAGGCGCUGCUCAGCAGCCCUGCUGGGUGUGGCUGCCAGCCUCUCACUGUGGCUGUUCGCAGCAUCAGCUUCUCCCCAAGGCAGGUGACCUCCGAUGCCAGCUUCCACUCCGUGUCCUUCUCGGAGACGGACCAUCCCAAGGUGCUCAUUACAGGUGGACUCGGGCAGCUUGGAGUAGGGCUCGCCAAAUUGCUGAGGAAGAGGUUCGGAAAGAACAAUGUCAUCCUGUCUGACAUCAGGAAACCUCCCAGCAACGUUUUCCACAGUGGUCCCUUCAUCUACUCAGACAUUCUGGACUACAAGAACCUGAGAGAGAUCGUUGUGAACAAUCGCAUCACGUGGCUGUUCCACUACAGCGCUCUCCUUAGCGCCGUCGGGGAAGCUAACGUGGCCCUGGCUCGUUCUGUCAACAUCACCGGGCUUCACAACAUCUUGGACAUUGCAGCGGAGCAUGGUCUACGCCUUUUUGUCCCCAGCACCAUCGGUGCCUUCGGUCCCACUUCACCGCGUAACCCCACGCCAGAUCUCUGUGUGCAGAGACCUCGCACGAUUUAUGGCGUCUCCAAGGUCCACGCUGAGCUGAUGGGAGAGUACUACCACCACCGCUACGGCCUGGACUUCCGUUGCCUCCGUUAUCCAGGAAUCAUCUCUGCUGACUCCCAGCCCGGAGGUGGCACAACAGAUUAUGCCGUCCAGAUUUUCCACGACGCAAUCAAAACCGGCAAGUUCGAGUGCAACUUGAAACCUGACACGAGGCUGCCCAUGAUGUACAUUGACGACUGCCUCCGCGCCACGCUGGAGGUAAUGGAGGCACCAGCUGACACGCUGAGCAUGAGGACCUACAACAUCAACGCCAUGAGCUUCACCCCCGAGGAACUGGCCCAGGAGCUCCACAAGCAGGUGCCCGAGCUGGAGGUCACGUAUGAUGUAGACAACGUCAGACAGGCGAUCGCCGACAGUUGGCCGAUGAACUUCGACGACUCCAAUGCACGGAGAGACUGGGGCUGGAAACACGACUACGACAUGCCAGAGCUCGUCCAGACAAUGCUCAACUACCUGGGUACAGACACAUGUGUGGCUCGUGCUAACUGAGCGCAACAGCAUUCUGUUUAUUGUUUGAACUUUUUGAGUAUAGACUGACCAAAGAGAAAAGAGGAACACGGCUUGUACAUACACUCUUUUCUCUCUGUAAAACCGGAGGGGCUCUGCUUGCCUGACACAAGGUUCUCGUGUGUCCAGAAUGUAGAAGUGGGUGCAAGCUAGACAAUCCCCCUCCCUGCUUUGCGCUCUCCCCUCUCCCCCCACUUUUUUUUUUUUUACAGCUUGGACAUUUGGGUAAAUGGCAUUCUGUCAGUUGAGGUUUGUCAGCAGUAUCCGAUAACGGUGUGCCCCUGUGCAAGUGUGUAUGGCUAAAAGAUGACUUGCAUGUUUUAUGAAUUGCUCGGUGUUUACAAGGCUGUGGGGGAGAAAAACAAAAUGAAAUCAUGUAAAAUUCAUUUAUUUUCUACCGCUUAUGUUUUGAGGAUCUCAUGGGGAGCUAAAGCUUGUGCCGGCUGACGCAGUGUGAAAGGCAGGGUACAUCCAGGACAUGUCAGCGGUUCAUCACAGGGCCGACACACAGUGACAAACAACCAUUUACACUCACAACUAUGUACAAGAGGAAGCCUGGAGAGCAAAGCUGUGCACACUCGGCGAGAACAUGUAAAAGUCAACACUGACAAAGACGGUGAAGUCAUGAGUCAAACGAGGAUUUUUUCCGAUUGACCUUCUUCCUGUGAGGCGAUGAUGCUAACCGCCACAUCACCUGUACUGUGUGCCGUGUAAAAUGGCAGAUGAUUUAAUUUUGUAUUUCUAGCAGGUCAGGUUUGUUUGCAUAAAUAUCCAUUUGCCCAUCCAACAUUUAUAUAUGGGGGUCUAAAACUCUGGAUGGAGGGGUUUUCAGAUGCACAAGUUGUGUCCUUUGCACUUUAGAUGAUCUGUUUAAAAACAAACAAACUGAUGACUAAAAGCCUAUGGGGUAAAAUCUGAUAUUCUGAUACAGUGCAUCUGUAGUCUGAGCUGUGAGAGUGAUAUUUCUUCUGUUUAUUCCACAUAACAUUAUUUAUUGUCCGGUGUUAAAUGCAUGGGCGCUUUUUCUUCUUUUUUUUUUAAGUUUAGUAUUUCUCAAUACUGAUUUUUUCUAAUUGUUUCUGUCCACUUUUAUAAAUAUAUAUAUUUUUCUUUUUUCCCUGAAACUCUGGGAUAUAUUUUGACACAAAAGGGAAAUGUGACACUGUCUGCCACAUUUUGUGGUUUCUUUAUUUCAACUUCCUGUAAAAAUGUUUAAAAUGGUUUCUUGGAAAAAGUCUUCAGCAACUUCUGGCGUCUUUUGAGUCGCAAACGGCUUUGAAAAUUAAACAUUUUCUACAUUU